UGCCGGGACAGGCUCCCUAUCACUAUCAAUGACAUCGCAUCUCCAAAGGAGAGGGACACGUCCAUUGCACAAACACUCCGUCAAGACACUUUGCGACAUUCACAUGUCAAGAUGGCGGGUGUCAGCGAGAAAGAGAAAAAGACAAUAGUCUUUCUCCAUCCCGACCUGGGAAUCGGCGGCGCAGAAAGAUUGGUGGUCGAUGCAGCCGUAGGUCUUCAGAACCGUGGCCAUAAGGUGGUCAUCUUUACGAGCCAUUGCGAUCCCAGACACUGCUUCGACGAAGCUCGCGAUGGAACCCUCGACGUCCGCGUCCGCGGCAACUCCCUAAUCCCCCCCUCUCUCCUCGGCCGCUUCUCCAUCCUCUGCGCCAUCCUCCGCCAACUCCACCUAAUCCUACAAAUCACCCUCCUAACCUCCGAACUACGCACCCUCUCUCCCUCCGCCUUCUUCGUCGACCAACUCAGCGCCGGCCUCCCCCUACUCAAACUUCUCGUCCCGACCUCUCCCAUCUUCUUCUACUGCCACUUCCCCGACCUGCUCCUCGUCCAGGGGCGCCAAAAAUGGUACAAACGUCUCUACCGCCUGCCCUUCGACACCUGGGAAGAAUGGUCCAUGGGCUUCGCCGAUUCGAUAGCCGUCAACUCGUCGUUUACCAAGGGGAUCGUCUCCCAAACAUGGCCCGGUCUGGCUAGCAAGCGCAGCUUGGAAGUAGUCUACCCGUGCAUUGACGUGCGCUCUACGUCGUCGGACCAAAAAACCGACAACGACGAAGGAGUCCUACCCUGGACCAAAACGGGCAUUAUUCUCUCCAUCAACCGCUUCGAGCGCAAAAAGGACAUUGCUUUGGCAAUCAAGGCCUUCGCCUCCCUUUCCCCUCAACAAAGAGGAAAAGCGAAAUUGAUUAUUGCGGGAGGGUAUGACAACCGCGUACACGAAAACGUGUCCUACCACGCUGAGCUGGUGGACCUAGCCGAGGGGGCUCCCUUCCACUUGAAGACGGCAACAGCCAAAACGGUCGUUUCGGCGCUUAACACGGCGCCAGACGUGGAAGUGUUGUUCCUCCUCUCGGUACCCAACACCCUCAAGGAAAUCUUGCUGCGGUCAGCCAAGUUGUUGGUCUACACGCCAAGCAACGAACACUUUGGUAUUGUCCCGCUCGAAGCCAUGUUACGCGGCGUGCCAGUGUUGGCGGCGAAUAAUGGUGGGCCGACAGAGACGGUGGUGGAGGGGGAGACGGGGUGGUUGCGGGACCCGAAUGAAGUAGGGGAGUGGGCCAAGGUCAUGGAUCGGGUGUUGAAUGGGAUGGGAGAGGAGGAGUUGAAGAAGAUGGGGAGGAAGGGGGUGGAGAGGGUGAGGGGUAGGUUUGCGGAUACGCAGAUGGCGGAGAGGUUGGAGGAGAUUAUUGAGAGGAUGCCGAGGGGGAAGGGACAGCGGAAUGGGAUGGUGGUGGUGGUGGUGGGUGCGGUAGUGGCGGCUUUUGCGGGGGUCGUUACUGCUUUGUAUUUGAAGCUUUGGUGAGCAGGGUUUUGAGUAUAUGUUCUUGGUAUAGACUAGCUAGGGCGAUGCAUUGUUUAGAGAUACCUGGUAUUGGUGUCCUUGGUCCGCAGAAUAAUAUUCAUAU